CAUCUUUCGGCUUACAUUGUCAAAUGAGAUAACCUACAUCUCACAAUACAUCUGUCACGGAAUGACAAAGGAGUGCAGUACUAUGCCACUACGCCACCAAAAGGUAACGACGAGUUAUCAAGUCGAAGGCUUGACGUCUCUGCACUCACUAUAUAGUACUGUACUGUGACAACAUCAGAAUGUCCAGCUCGGCGUACUCGGCUUCUCAGACACAGAAAAUCUACUGGGGUACACCUGCUACCUUGUGGGCAACAUUCUUUGCCGCUAUCGCCUUGGUGAUAGGUCAUCAUGCCUUCUACCAGAGUCUGUCUGGCACCGUCGCUCCUGCUGGGCUAUAUGACCUUGCGUGGGUGACCUUUUCAAGACAACAACUAAACCUUGCGAUCGGGUCGGCUUUAGCCGUUAUCAUCAAAUCACUACUAUUUACAAGCUUCGCAAGUUCAUAUACGCAAAUUUUCUGGCGUUCUUUGAAGUCAGCCUCACAUGGGAUUCGGCUUGUAGAUGCUGAUGCCACUUCUUCCCUAUUAAAUAGCUUUGAUAGGUUUUGCACGAUUUCAAUUUGGCGGAGACACCGCCUAUUAUCAAUCCUGGCCGGUUUAUUUUGGUUGCUUCCAUUACCUUUCAUUCUCACACCGACAACUUUAACAAUUCAAGCGCUAGUGCAACAACCCAAUCCAGCCGCCUUGAGUCAUGUUCCGCAGUUUGAUUUUGUGAAUCCCAACUUCUGUCACUUUUUCCCCGACGAUCCUACAUAUAAAACAUAUAAUAAGGGAGGUCGGAGACAAUAUUAUGGCCCAUCAGAACGGACUCAGCGACUUGUUGCUGCAACGGCUGCACAAGGAGUGAUCUCCAGAAUCACGCCACCAGCACUGAAUUCAAGUUGGGGCAUUCAGUUCUGGGGACCAUCUCUGCGUUGCCAGGAGGUUCCAAGCGAGGCCAAAGUUCAGGUUCUCGGGAACUACGCAUUGUACAUCAAUGACACCAUCGAAAGAGGUUUCAACUCACCGCUGGCCUAUUUCUCAUGGACGAGCCAUUUAGGUUUGAACCCUUUCGAAAGAUUCAGUGAUGUCAGCAGCAUAAAUAUGGUACAUAUGGGAGAUGAUGACCUAAUACAAACCGCAACAUUGUAUUUAGCCUUCGACUCGGAGUUUGAAGGCUAUUUUACAACAGAAACAUAUAUGGAUGCAAUUAAUGCUACAUCAGGGGAACCAGAGGCCUUAUUGCGAGCUUUCGGAUCAUUCAAUAUCGUUGAAUGUGACUUGCACAACGCAUCAUAUCACGUGAACUUUAGAUAUACCAACGGUGACCAGGACAUCAAAGUAACGCAGCAUAGCCUAUCGCCAAAACCGGUACGGAUGAAGGGAUUUGGAGUGUAUUAUCCAACGAGGUCAAAUGAAACAUGGGGCAGUGGUCCCUUUGAUCGAGUGGAAGCACAGGUGGUGUCUUACCAAGCACUCAAAGAUGCUUUCGCUAUGCUGCUUGUCGGCAUGUUAGAUUUUGCUUCGGCUUCAAAUAUCAUUAAUACAGUGUUGAUGGAUACGAAUGAACUACGAUUUAGAUAUGAGAAACCAUUAAUAACCGACGUGUCUACUGUUUCGCCCGCUCUACAGGGUAUCCCGAUCCAGAAAUUAAACAAUACUCGAGGGCCGUUACUGCGCGCACUGGAACAGCUCUUUGAGAAUAUAACAAUUGGUAUUUUGAGCGACACUUAUCUCCAGCCAGAUUAUGCGUCACAGACCUCGCCGCCACCACUCGCAAAUGUGACGUACGAGACAUAUCGGAAUAUUUAUGUUUAUAAUGCUUUUGGUCUGUGGGUAGCAUAUGGUGCUGUACUGUUGAUCACAGGGGUAGCGAUUGCCAUUGGGCAACUUGCGAUGGUCCGCAGCAAAGUUGCAUACGAUUUGAAACUAUCAACCAUAUUACGUGCCGCCAGAAUUCACGUCCCAGGUACAGCGAGCGGCAUAGAGGCGGAACCCCUCGACCAGUUUUCAGAUGAUGGACGCAAACCAUUACCAAAAUCUCUGGUUAAAGCGAAUAUUAUAGUCAGAAAGACCAAACCACAGCCCAACAGUUAGGGGCAAGAUAAUGGACUUAGAGUACAAAGUAGAGGCGGCUUGUAAGAGGAUGCAGGGUCGCCAGAUACAACCAUGCUAAAAUCCCUGCUUUAGCACGCCGAACUAUUGAAGGUGCUAAUCUGAUGAAGCUUUCGAAGAAUCAAAAGGCUCGAAAUGAAAAGUACGUGUUACUCGCGUCAUCGCAACUGGUGUAGUUCAAGGCGUCACUAAUUACCACGAUGCUCUUGUCAAACAUCCCAGCACCUGGCCUUACUCUGUAUCAACCAGUGCUGGGUAUGAACUCGCCGCAAAAAG